AUGGUUGGGAAGCGGACGUUUCAGCGAGAUGACGGCAAAAAUGACGGCCAAGGGCGAAACUACGACAUCGAGUCUGGCUCUGGCAAUCGGCGGUUUGGGGGCUUCAAAGACGCCGUGGAUUAUGUCCUCGAUCGUCGAACAACGGCGUCGUUGAAAAAGCAACUCAAGGACGGCGUGGAAAGAGACAAUGAAUUCGAGAAGCUGAGGAAAAGUGACGAAGAGCUCAAGAGCAUCAAGAACAAGAAGGUCCGCAAGUUCUACGAACACCAAAAUGCCUGCCUCAACGACUGGGCCGAAGUCGACACGAUCGUCUUGACCAUGGCAGACGAUGUGAUGGAGAGCAUGAACACCGACGCGGACCACGACGGGGUAAGAGAGAGAGAAGGCAGGCUGCAGACCGUCAAUGAACACAUAGACGACAUGCUACCGGACGAUGUGCAACGACAGCGAGCCAGGGCGGCCCGCAACGCCCGGUGGGCCAUCAACAUCAACGUCGUCGCGAACAUCAUCCUGGUUGUCGCCAAGGGCGUCGCGGCUUUGAAGUCGUCGUCGCUGUCGCUGAUCGCCUCCUUGCUCGACUCGGCACUCGACCUUCUCUGCACCGUGAUUGUGUGGACCACCAACCGGCUGGUUUCGUGGAGGUUGGCGGCGCUGGCGAAGAAAUUCCCCGUGGGACGCCGGCGACUCGAGCCGAUUGGUAUUUUGGUCUUCUCAAUCAUCAUGGUCAUCUCCUUUUUGCAGAUCCUGCAAGAGUCCGUCGGGAGGCUGCUUCCCCACGGGGAUCACUCGAUCGCGACGCUACCUACCAUGGCUGUCGCCGCCAUGGCCGCCACGGUGGGAAUCAAGGGGCUUAUCGGGCUCGGCUGCAUUCGGAUCAAGACCACCCAAGUGCAGGCCCUGGCGCAAGAUUGCAAGACCGACGUCUAUUUCAACACGCUUUCGCUCCUCUUCCCGCUCAUCGGCAAACAGGCGGGCGUGUGGUGGCUGGACCCCCUGGGCGCGGCCUUGCUCUCGGUGUACAUCAUCUACGACUGGGCGGACACGUGCGUCGAGAACAUGACUCGGCUGUGCGGGUUGACCGUCGACGAACAUCUACAGAACAAGCUCAUCUUUCUCGCAUAUCGUUUCACCAACUUGGUGUCCGGAGUCAAAUCGGUCAUUGCAUACCAUACUGGCGACGGCGUUUGGGUCGAGUACGACAUCUUGUUGGAAGAAGGCACCCCUUUGCGUCGAACGCACGACAUCGCAGAAACCCUCCAAUACUGCUGUGAGGCGUUGGGUGAAGUAGACCGAGCCUUUGUGACAACUGACUAUUCGGUUCAGAACCCUGGUGGUCACACGAGAGACAUGAUGUGA